AGCGCAUUGUCGGCACCGGCCAAUACGGGCGGAAGUGACGCCCUCUCCCCCCCUGCCGGAGCGACGGAAAGGCGGUGUUACGUCUAUUUCCUUCCCUUCCGAGCUCUCUGUGUGUGUGUUUUUUGAGAGGCAGAUGUUCCCAUUUUGGCCCUUCCUCAGCAGUCUGCAACCUUUGGGAUGUCGUGCUGUCAUAAAGCUGCUGGCUGUUGGAUGCCCUGCGUACCAGCCGCUUCAGAGCAGCCGUCCUGAGGAAUGAGGGAUCUUGGCCGGCCGGCCUGCAUCCGGAGGGCCUCCCUCAUCACUUCAAACCCACUGCGUUAUUUUGACUUCCACUGCGCCUCACAAAAAUGGCGGACUGCCCAGCCCUGCAGUUCGUCAGCCCGUAUGCCUUCGAGGCCAUGCAAAAAGUGGACGUUGUGCGUUUAGCAGCCUUGAGCGAUCCGGAGCUCCGGCUCCUGCUCCCUUGCCUGGUGCGCAUGGCGUUGUGUGCGCCGGCGGAUCAGAGCCAAAGCUGGGCUCAGGACAAAAAACUCAUUCUUCGCCUCCUUUCCGGAGUGGAAGCUGUCAACUCCAUCGUCGCUUUGCUGUCUGUGGAUUUUCAUGCUUUGGAGCAGGAUGCGAACAAAGAGCAGCAGCUGAGGCAUAAACUUGGAGGAGGAAGCGGCGAGAGCAUCCUGGUCUCCCAGCUGCAGCACGGCCUGACCCUGGAGUUCGAACACAGCGAUUCCCCUCGGCGGCUCCGCCUCGUGCUCAGCGAGUUGCUGGCCAUUAUGAACAAAGUGGCCGACUCCAACGGUGAGUUUUUUUUCAAGUCGCCAGAGCUGUUUGAGAGCCCUGUUUAUCUGGAAGAAGCCGCUGAUGUGCUAUGCAUCCUCCAAGCAGAGCUUCCUUCGCUGUUGCCGAUUGUCGAUGUGGCCGAAGCUUUACUGCACGUGAAGAAUGGGGCUUGGUUCCUGUGUCUCUUAGUGGCCAACGUUCCCGACAGCUUUAACGAAGUGUGUAGGGGCUUGAUCAAGAACGGUGAGCGGCAGGACGAAGAAAGCUUUGGGGGCCGCCGGAGGACGGACGCUCUGCGCCAGCUGUGCAAAAUGAACCCCUCCCAGGCCCUGAGAGUGCGUGGCAUGGUGGUGGAAGAGUGCCAUUUGCCAGGGCUCGGGGUGGCUUUGACGUUGGAUCACACCAAGAACGAGGCCUCCGAAGACACCGUGAGUGACCUCGUGUGCUUUGUAAGCGGCUUAUUGCUUGGAACCAAUGCUAAAGUUCGGACUUGGUUCGGGACUUUUAUCCGGAAUGGACAACAGAGGAAGAGAGAGAGCAUCGGCUCCGUGCUUUGGCAGAUGAGACGACAGCUGCUCCUGGAGCUGGUGGGGAUCCUCCCCGCUUCCCGCAGCCUCUGCAUUAAGGAAGAAGCAGGAGCUGACGCAGAAUCCGGCCUCUCGACCUGUUCAGGGCUUAAAGAAGAAAACGUGGUGAAAGCCAGCGCCCUCCUCCGUCUUUAUUGCGCUCUGAUGGGUAUCGCUGGGCUGAAGCCGACCGACGAGGAAGCUGAGCAGCUGCUGCAGCUCAUGACGAGCCGCCCUCCGGCCACCCCGGCCGGCGUCCGCUUCGUUUCACUCUCCUUCUGCAUGCUGCUGGCUUUCUCCACGCUGGUCAGCACUCCGGAACAGGAGCCAGAUAUGGUGAUCUGGCUGAGUUGGAUGAUCAAAGAAGAAGCUUAUUUUGAAAGCACUUCUGGGGUAUCGGCCUCCUUUGGCGAGAUGCUUCUGCUGGUUGCCAUGUAUUUCCACAGCAGCCAGCUCAGUGCCAUCAUUGACUUGGUCUGCUCCACUCUGGGAAUGAAGAUUGUCAUUAAACCAAGUUCUCUGAGUCGCAUGAAGACCAUCUUUACCCAAGAGAUUUUCACGGAGCAGGUGGUGACCGCCCAUGCGGUCCGUGUGGCCGUCACGAGCAACCUCAGCGCCAACAUCACGGGCUUCCUGCCCAUCCACUGUAUCUACCAGCUUCUCCGGAGCCGGUCGUUCACCAAGCAUAAAGUCUCCAUCAAGGACUGGAUCUAUCGGCAGCUGUGUGAGACCACCACCCCGCUCCAUCCUCAGCUGCUGCCCCUCGUUGACGUCUACAUCAACUCCGUCCUCACGCCAGCUUCCAAGUCCAACCCAGAAGCGACCAACCAGCCCAUCACCGAGCAGGAAAUCUUGAAUGUUUUCGAAGGAAUUAUGGGGGGAGGCGAGAACGCUCGUGGGAAUCCACGUUACGGAAUCACAGCCCAGCUUCUUGUUAUGUAUUACGUCCUGUCGUACGAAGAAGCCAUCCUGGCCAGCUCCAAGACCCUGGCUGCCAUGCAGAGGAAACCCAAAUCUUACUCGCCGGCCUUAAUGGACCAGAUCCCAAUCAAGUACCUCAUCAGACAAGCUCAGGGACUGCAGCAGGAACUGGGAGGCUUGCAUUCUGCGCUGCUGCGCCUCCUGGCCACCAACUAUCCCCACCUUUGCAUCGUGGACGAUUGGAUCUGCGAGGAACACAUCACUGGCACCGACACUUUGCUACGCAGGAUGCUCCUCACCAAUGCGGCUAAAAAGUAUUCCCCCAAGCAGCUCCAGGAAGCCUUUUCAGCUUUGCAAUCAAAUCGCACCCGGGUCCUGCAGAUACUGGAGCACUUGACGCUCCUUUCGGCGGGAGAGCUGAUCCCUUAUGCGGAGGCGCUGACAUCCAACAUGAAUCGGCUGCUCUGCCCCGGGAUCCCUCGGAGGCUCCUCCAGACGGUCAACAGGCUGUGGAUGGCCUUGAACAUGGUCAUGCCUCGAAGGUUGUGGGUGAUGACGGUGAAUGCCUUGCAGCCUUCCGUGAAGAUCGUCAGGCAACAAAAGUACACUCAGAAGGAUCUAAUGAUUGACCCACUGAUAGUGUUAAGAUGUGACCAGAGAGUCUUCAGGUGUCCCCCUCUCAUGGACCUGACGCUCCGCAUGUUGAACGGCUACCUGCUUGCCUCCAAGGCCUACCUGAGCGCCCACCUCAAGGAAACAGCCGACCAGGACAACAGGCCCUCUCAGAACAACGUCAUGGGCCUCGACACCCCCGAGGUGACGCGGGAAGAAUUGAAAAACGCUCUGCUGGCCGCCCAGGAUAGCGCUGCGGUCCAGAUCCUCCUGGAGAUCUGCUUGCCCUUAGAGGAGGAGAAAUCUCCGGACAGCAGUUCCGGCUGGCUGUUGAGAAUUGUCUCUGGGACCACGGGGUCCAGUCCUCGGAGCAGAAGACAACCCAAAGGGGAGGAGGAGGUGGAGGAAGAAGAGGAAGAGGAGGCAGGGAGUGGAGGCGGUGGGGAGAAGGAGCAGGACAGCCUCCUGUGCAACCUGCGAGAGGUGCAAUGCCUCGUCUGUUGCCUCUUGCACCAGAUGUUUAUUGCCGACCCAAACAUCGCCAAGUUGGUUCACUUCCAGGGCUAUCCGUGCGAGCUGCUCCCCUUGACGGUGGCCGGCAUCCCUUCCAUGCACAUCUGCCUGGACUUCAUCCCUGAGCUGAUCGCUCAGCCCGAGUUGGAGAAGCAGAUUUUCGCCAUCCAGUUGCUGUCCUACCUGUGCAUUCAGUACGCUCUUCCCAAAUCCCUAAGUGUGGCACGUUUGGCCAUCAACGUCAUGGGGACACUGCUGACAGUUUUAACCGAGGCUAAGCGUUACAUCUUUUUUAUGCCCACCCUUCCAUGCUUGGUCUCCUUCUGCCAAGCGUUUCCUCCGCUCUACGAGGAUAUUGUGUCUCUGCUGAUCCAGAUUGGGCAGGUUUGCGCUUCAGACGUGGCCACCGAGACAAGAGACUUUGACCCAAUCAUUACACGCCUUCAGCAGCUGAAGGAGAAGCCCUAUGAACGGUUUCCUAAAGACCCAGCUGAUAAAAGUGGAGCCGGGGACUUAAAUAGCAUGGACCCCAACGUCCAGUUGUGUCAUUGUAUUGAAAACAUAUUCCUGGAAAUCAUAAGCAUGAGUGUCGGUGGAGUUUAAGGAGGCCGAGAGAAAUGGAAGAGCUAUCACUAGGUCAUGAGGCGUAUACUGUCAGCGCUGGCAUUAAACUGUGCAGACUGAAGCGAGACUAAGAAUUGCGUCAAACAAGCAAUAUGUUUUUCAUUGCCAUGGAUGUGGGGCGAAGUUCUCUGUGAAAGAAGGAAGGGCUGCGUUCAGCGGAAGAUCAGGCUUCCUUGGUGUUGGACCUCUUUGGAGUAAUUUCGGUUUCGUUGGUUUUUGAAACAAGGGACGUACAAACUAUGAUCUGUUGCAUGUUCCAGCCAGAAAGCUGUAUUGCAAACUGAGAUCUACAGCAAACUUGAAUUUGGACAGGUGCCUCCAGAAAUACCUAUCAGCCUGUGGAAAGGAAAAAACCACCCCACUCUCGCAAAAAGUGGGUCAAGAGGCUGUUGAGAAACAAAACAAAGAGACAGUGGUUUCAAUUGUGUGGGAUUUUUAAAAAAUGUAUAUUAAUAGUUGUUUCCACAGAGCCAGCUUUCCUGUUUCCUUUUCAGCUUGUAGCCCACUGAUGUUCGAAAGCCGAGGAAUGGUGAAGAGGGGCACAAGGCUUUAAGAAAAUUUUGGAGACUAGACUUUGAGCUUUUAGUCUCCCUCUGAGGCUGGUUGUGAGGCAAACACAAAGGUCUUUAGGUUUAGAAUGGACAGUGGUGGCUAGUGGAGCCAAGUGGCUGUUUUUCCCGUUCACCUCUCUUAAAUAGCCAGCCUUUCUUGGUUAAAUUUCUGCUCCAGUUUAAGUCCGAGAACUUCCUUCUUUUAAAUGCUGUCAGAUUUUUUAAAUUAUGUUGGAAAUGUAAAGUUUUAGAUGCUGCAAAGGCAGUGUAGUCCUUGUGACAGUGCUGUGUCGAAACGGUCCUUUUAACUGGGAUUGACAAUGAGGCGAGAUCCCAUACAUGGCCCACUCCUGCAAAGUGUAUUUAAGAAAACUGGGAGGAAAAUCUGAUUUUUUCGGUAUCUGUGUCAGAAGCUAAACUUUGCACCAGAAAAAUAAACUUUUAUGGCAUUGGGCUGAAACAGCCAGGCAAAGGAGCAGUGGCCUGUAUUCCUAGAAAAGGAUAAAAUGUAUAAAACUGGAAAACAAUCCUUUGAUAAAGAAAUUUCCACCUCCUUCAAGCUUUGUCGUACUAAGUGGUUGAAGGAAAAGCCGUUCCAGUCCACAUGCUCAUUUCAUGGCCUCCUUAUACAGUCCUUCAUAGACUCUGAUUAUUAUUUAAUUUCAUACUUAAUAAUUUUUGCAGCAGAAUGCUGCUCUGGAAUUAUUUGCAUGCACAUGGUGUUUAAAGCAAAGGAAAAAAAACAGUUUUCAGAUACGGCUGCUGAAGUUCACUGCUUCUGUGUUUCUGAUGCCUGAAGUCUAUCAAACAUUCCUCACCCAGAGCCUCCCUCAUACAUAAUUAUGAAAAAAAGGGGUUUUUGUCAGUAAAUUGAGAGCCCAAGUUGACGGCUCAUAUACCACCAUCCUGUGCUUGCUGGCAAUAUUUCUCUUCCAGGUUCUUAAUUUUUUCCUAUUUUACAUCUACAGUCCAAUAACCAGGCUGAGCUGACACUGUUAUUCAGAAGCAUUGAAUAGUGAAUAUUUUUAGCAUAUUCUAAAAUUGCCAAGACAGUGGUAUACAGCUUGUGUUGAGUUUAUUGCCUUCUGUUCAUUAAAACCUUGUAUAUUGUAUUUUUAUAUUUAGAAGAUCAUGAUGUGGGUUGGUUUUUUACAGAGACGAAUGUAAUAUGUGUACAUAUCUUUGCUCGUCAUUUGGUUUUCUUCUACUAUGGUAUCUUUUUAAGUAAAUCUUUGGUAACUUUUUUUUUCAAUGAGACCCGACAGAAAUGAGUUUCUUAUAAAUGUUUGUACCAUUUCAAUGAAUUGUCACUGUUUUUAGAUGGUAUAUAUUCUACAUAAGAACAGAAAACUUAUCAUUGGAUCCUGGAUCUUUGGGUAGCCCAAACAGCAUCAUCUAAUUGGAAAAAGACGAAAACUCUUAUUGGAUUUUGUGCUGCUGCUACUGCUGCAAAAAGAAAGAAAAAAAAUCCCAGUGGGAAAUCUCAGUGCAGGGAAACAGAUUGAAAUACCCUGGACAAUAUUUUGUUUUCUUUGCUGGAAAUUUUUAUAUGUAUACCAGUUGUUGACAGCUAUAAUGUUGGGCUAUUUGCUGCGUGAUGUUACGGAAUACUCACAGAUAUUAUGACUGUUGAAAGGGAAUGAGCCAUGAAGGGGAGUGGAUCAGUUUUUUGUUUUUUUCCUGAGGAUAUUAACUUAAUAGUGGAUUGGAAAUGGGCUGUGUUGUGUGCGAGGAAGUGGUGUAGAAUGGGCAUGGUCGAAUUUUACAUACAGUAUGGCACAUUUAAAUUCUUGUGCAACAGAGCUUUGGAACAAGCUUGUGAGUUACAAGCAUAUAUUCUGAUGUCUCUCAGGAGCUGUGCCCACAUCACUCAGUGGGUAAAGCAGAGACUUUACAUUUAGUAGGUCUGGGUUGAAUCUGCCUCCACUUUAAAGGACAAGGUAUGAGGUUCAGGAAUGUGAUCCUUGAAAAGCAGCUGCCAGUCAGAGUAGGAGAAUUGGGUUAAAAAAUCAUUGUCCAGUUUCCUUCUACACCCAGAAAAAAAA